AUGUUGAAGCCGAUACUCGACAUUACGAAUGUCAAUGUGGCUUUGGGUGUUUUUGGCAUAUUUAUCCUCGCUUAUGGCUAUGUAUCAGCCAAAUUACAACAAGAAUGGUAUUUAGGUGAAGCUUUACCUGCCUUCAUGCUCGGAAUCAUAGCAGGCCCUGUAGCUGCAAAUCUGAUCAACGUCGCCGAUUGGGAUCAUGUUGGAGUCUAUCAUGACAUUCACGAAAUUGCAUACGACCUCACACGCAUCGUCAUCGCAAUCCAACUAAUCAAAGUCGGCUACGAGCUUCCGAAACAAUACCAGAAACAGCGCGUGGUCGAAAUGACUAUUUGCCUUUUACCGGUUAUGACUAUGAUGUGGCUCUGCACGACUGGGUGUAUCAUGUUGGUCGUACCUAAGAUUUCCUGGGAAUCAGCACUCAUCAUCGGCUCAUGUGUAACCUGCACCGACCCCGUCUUAUCCCAGGCCAUUGCCAAAGGCCCCUUUGCUGAAAACUACGUCCGCCGCGACCUGCGUGAAAUCAUCUCCUCCGAGGCCGGGGCCAACGACGGCUUCGGUUUCCCCUUUCUAUUGUUUGCGGUUGCCCUUUUGCGGUACGACGGUACAAGAGCAAAUGCCGUUUCGCUAAAUGAUAUGGAUCAUGCAGAGGGAAUACCCGAUCAGCUUGGUGCGGAGGAACAGGGGAAGUAUGGCGGGGGACUGGAUACGGCGUUGAAGCAUUGGGCGAUCGAGGGGGUGCUGUUUAUGGUGCUGUUGGGGUUUGCGUAUGGUGCUACUAUUGGGACCUUGUGUAGGGCCGUUUUGAAUUGGACUAUGAAGAGGAAAUGGGUCGAUAAUGAGAGCUAUUUGCUUGUACCUCUCGCUAUGGGAAUCUUCAUCGUCGGAACAUGCGGCUGCUUCGGCGCAGACGAAACCCUCGCCUGCUUCGCAGCCGGAAAUGCCCUAAACUGGGAUGGUCGCUUCCUGACCGAAGUCCACCUCCGCCACGACUCAUUCAACAACAUCAUGGAACGAUUCCUAAAUUUUGCCGCUUUCAUUUUUAUUGGGCUAAUAAUGCCCUGGGACUCCUUGACGAAUGUGGCAGAGAUCGCCAAACAUGGGCUUAUGCCUGGUCGACUGUUUGUGUUGGGGGUUUUGGUGUUGGCAUUCAGACGUAUUCCGGCGAUACUGGUUUCGUAUCGGUUCAUGCCGAGGGUGUGUAAGGACUGGAAGGAGGCAUUGUUUAUGGGGUAUUUUGGGCCAAUUGGAAUCGGUGCUAUAUCCUCCGUUGAGUACGCAAGACAACUCUUCCCCGACCCCGGGGAAAGCGAUGAGGAAAUCAACAACUUGACCAGUUCCAUGAUCCCAGUGGUAUACUGGCUUGUCUUCUUCUCAAUCAUAAUCCACGGUCUCUCAGUCCCCGUCCUCCACCUCAUCUACAAACUCCGCAAAGUCCCAAAAGUGCACGACGAACAUCCCAUCGAGGUUGUGUUGCUGUCGAACAACGAGCUUUUGCCAGCUAAUAGUACGGCGAAUCUCCAGCGGCGUUCGGCGAUUCUGAAUAAUCGGUUUUCGAGGCAGGAUGAGAGUGAUGAUGAUGAUGAUGAUGAUGAGAGUCGUGGUGUGGAGUGUACUAUUAGUAGUAGUGGUACGACUACAACUAUGCAAGGUACCAGGGGGACGUUGAUUAUACAUAAUGCUUUGCAGCAUCAUCAUCAUCAUCACAAUCAUUCGGCGGACGAGUCUCAUCAUCACAACAUCUUCCGACGAGCGAUGACAUCUUAUGAUCAUUAUCCUCACACCCAUCAUAAUCAUACAAACUUUCGACACGACCACAUUUCUCUGCAUGGAUCAGAUGUAAUUGAGAUCCUACCACACCAACACCCAAACGAACAAAGUCCAGGAAUAAAGCCUCGGUCUUUAUCAGGCAGUAGCCGGACCUCUUCUGAUGAUAUGGGGCCCUCAUCGUCGUCGCGAGAGCUGUCUCAUGAUAUGGUGUGA